GAAGAAUCAGAACAUUGAUUGCAGCAGCUUUAAUUAAGUAAAGCGGGUUAUUGGAGUCAAGCGGCAGCAGGCAUGGAUGGAGCUGCAUCACAGCAAAAACAAGAGCGUCUUGUAUCACAUUCAGUCACCACCUCCACCACCCCUUUGGAGCAAUUGGCUUCUGCUUUCUGUGCAACUGAUCAAAGUAAGAGCUACAUCGAUUUCCAACCUGCAAAGCGUGACAUUGAUGAACACCAAGCGCCAGGAUACGAAGCUAUACCCACCAUUAAUCAAGCAAAGGACACCUUGCUGUCGAUUGUGAAUCCUCAUCUUUGGAGGAACCAAUGUCAGAGAUUCACUGAGAAGUCUAAUGGUAAAAGUUAUUGGUCGCAGCAGGGAAGCCUUCUUUCACUUGACCAUGGCAAGUUGCUUGCUGAGGCAACCCGCGACUCCAAAGUUAUUAGCUUAUGCUCUCCUCAACCAGAACAGCAAUAUCCAAACAUUUCCAGGAUUUCUGGAACUCGUGUUAGCUCUGUUUCCUCAGGAGGAAGGCCUUCAAGCAUCAAAACAAGAAUAAAAUGGACGGUAGAUCUUCAUGAGAAGUUUGUCAAUUGCGUCAAUCUCCUUGGUGGUGCUGAGAAGGCGACACCAAGGGCAAUACUGAAGCUAAUGAAAUCAAAUGGGUUGACAGUCCUUCAUGUCAAAAGUCAUUUGCAGAAAUACCGAUAUGCAAAAUACAUUACGGGAUCCACGCAAGCUAAACCUGACCAAGGAGUUGAUGAUGAUGACUUACCUGUGCUCUAUUUGAAAAGUGGCAUGCAAGCAACAGAUAUACUACAAAUGCAGCUCGAAGUUCAAAGACAUCUUUGCGAACAAUUAGAGAUUCAGCAAAAUCUACAGCAAGCAAUACAGGAACAAGGAAAGCAAAUUCAAAUGAUGCUGGAGCAGCUAAAGAAAACAAAUAAGGCCUAACUUGGAUAUCAAAUCCCAC